AUGGCAGACGCUUUUGAGAGUCGCAUCGAUAUUUUCUUGCGAAUGCGGCCCAUAGAAAAGAACUUGGCUUCGUACGAGGUGGACCAUGAUGACGGCAGGGUUAAUUGGGUUGUUCCUAGGCAAGCUGCCAUUGGAAUUGUAAAUCAUCAGCGCGAGCGCUACAGCUUUACUUUCAAUGGCAUUUUGGAUACGGAUUGUAAGCAAGAUUUGGUAUUCGAAACAGUUGCUAGAAAGGUGGUGCUUGGUGCCUUGGAUGGGUUCAAUGGCACAAUAUUUGCAUACGGCCAGACCGGUUCAGGCAAGACUUAUACAAUCACCGGCGGGACCGAACGUUACGUUGAUCGAGGAAUUAUUCCACGCGCAAUUUCCCUUAUUUAUAGUGAGCUCGCAAACAGGAGUGAUAAUUGUUUCAGCAUCCAUUUCUCGUAUAUGGAGAUUUAUAAUGAAACUGGCUAUGACUUGCUUAACCCCGAUCAUGAAACAAAGUCAUUGGAAGAUCUUCCUAAGGUUGUCUUGCUGGAAGAUGAUGACACCCGUAUUCAUCUGCGAAACCUUUCCGCUCACCUUGCAAUGAAUGAAGAGGAAGCCCUCAACCUGCUGUUCAUGGGUGAUACGAACAGAAUGAUCAGCUCGACACCAAUGAACAUGGCCAGUAGUCGCUCGCACUGUAUUUUUACAGCGUGCAUUGAAGCUCGAAAGACUGGUGAAGAUGUUGUGAGAAAAUCUAAGCUACAUCUUGUUGAUCUUGCUGGAUCAGAACGAGUCAGUAAGACGGGAGUUGAUGGUCAGAUUUUAAGAGAGGCAAAGUAUAUUAACCUUUCUCUUCAUUUCCUGGAGCAGGUUAUUAUAGCAUUGCAAGAAAAAAGCCAGGGAAAGUCUAGAACACAUAUUCCGUAUAGAAACUCGAUGAUGACAUCAGUUCUUAGAGAUUCUAUAGGAGGAAAUUGUCGAACGGUUAUGAUAGCCAAUGUAUCAAUUGCGCAAGAGCAAUUGGAGGAAACAAUUUCGACUUGCCGCUUUGCACAACGAGUUGCCAUGGUCUCAAACCAGGUCAUGUUGAACGAGGAAGUGGAUCCCAAUAUCGUUAUUAAAAGAUUGAAACAAGAGGUUAAAGAUCUUAAAGCUGAAGUAAUGUUUCUAAGGGGUGAGGAUGUUGAUCGAGGGCCACUGACAGACAGAGAAAUUGCUAUGGUGAAAAAUCAAGUUAACGCUUAUGUGUAUGACCUCUCGCCUGAAGCAUCAUUCAACUGUGGAGGAAACAUGCUACAUAUUCGAGCUGCAUUUCAAGCUUUUAAAGAGCUUGCAACAGCUGGAGUUGCCGCAAAGAGGUGUUCUAAUUUACAAAGCAGUGGCGCACAUAUGGAAAUGAGUGGUGGUUCGCCCCUUCAUGAAACUAUCCAGAAUCUUAAUUGUCAGGUUAAUCUACAAAAUUUCAUUUUCAUUUUAAAAGAUAUCUUAUAUCUACAGUUGCAACAACGAGAAAACGAGAUUAACAUUUUAGUUUCCUUCAUAAGAAAGCGGGAAGCUGGCAUUACGCGGGCAAAUGCAUGGACACAAGUUGAUUCUAUCCAGCUUUCAGGGCGGACAGAUAGUAGAGAUUCGGGAUUUACACUGGAUGGUACAGAGGAUGGAAUGAUCCCUAGCAACACCUCCUCGAGGGUAGCAAGCUCCAUGGAUUCGAGAGACAAUAGUAGCCUGUCUAGUUUUGGCAGUGAUCGGAGACAAGCUUUUGAUCUGUGA